GCGGAGACCCCAGACGCCCUCCUACUCUACCCUACCCUUUGCUCCGCCUAUCCCUUUGCCGCGCUCCUGUCUCCCCAACUACCACCAUACUCACAGCCUCUUAGCCCCGAAGACCCCACACGCCCCCGGUGACGCUGCUCAAAUCUAUGCCCAGCAAGCCUCUCGCGCUUCGCCUCGACAUCACUCUCGCCCUCUCCACCAGGUCCUCGUAGGCUGCGGACAGAAUGGGUCAGACUCUUUCAGAGCCCGUGGUCGAGAAGCACUCACAAAGCGGCGAUGGUGACGACAUCAUCUUCGGCGUGUCCUCGAUGCAGGGAUGGAGAAUCAGCAUGGAGGACGCCCACGCAUGCGUUCUCGACCUGCAUGCCGCGACGAAGAACGGGAAAUCGACACCCCAGGACAAGCGCCUAAGCUUCUUCGGCGUAUACGACGGCCAUGGCGGCGAGAAGGUGGCAGUGUAUGCCGGCGACCAUCUGCACGAGAUCGUAGCGAAGCAGGAGGCCUUCAAGGAAGGCGACAUAAAGAAGGCACUUCAGGACGGCUUUCUGGCGACAGACCGCGCAAUAUUGAGCGACCCCAAAUACGAAGAGGAAGUCUCGGGAUGCACGGCGUCGGUCGGCAUCAUCUCGAAGAACAAAAUCUAUGUAGCCAAUUCGGGCGACUCCCGGAGCGUCUUGGGCAUAAAGGGUAGGGCGAAGCCGCUCUCCUACGACCACAAGCCCCAGAACGAAGCCGAGAAAGCGCGAAUCCAAGCCGCAGGUGGCUUUGUCGAUUUUGGCCGCGUGAACGGCAACCUCGCUCUAUCCCGAGCCAUCGGAGAUUUCGAAUUCAAGAAGAGCGCCGAGCUUCCGCCUGAACACCAGAUAGUCACGGCGUUCCCGGAUGUGGAGAUACACGACAUCAAUGGGGAUGAUGAAUUCCUGGUCAUUGCCUGCGAUGGAAUCUGGGAUUGUCAGUCCUCCCAAGCCGUCAUCGAAUUUGUCCGACGGGGCAUCGUGGCAAAGCAGGAUCUCGCUUCUAUCUGCGAAAACAUGAUGGACAACUGCCUGGCUUCAAACAGUGAUACUGGAGGCGUUGGCUGCGAUAAUAUGACCAUGAUCGUCAUUGGACUGCUCCAAGGUCGGACGAAGGAGCAAUGGUACGAAGAUAUCGCAAAGAGGGUUGCAAAUGGUGAAGGCCCAUGCGCACCGCCAGAGUAUGCCGAGUUCCGCGGGCCGGGAGUCCAUCACCGAAUUGACGAUAGCCCUGAUGAUAUCGACAUGGACCUUGACCACCGCUUUCGGCCAAACAGCGGAUUAGGCGGCCGCAUCAUUCUCUUGGGCGACGGCACAGAGAUAUCAACCGCGGACGCUGACAGCGAGAUGUUCGACCACGAUGACGAAGACAAAGACCUCGACUCGCAGGUGGACAAGUUCCAUAAGGAAGAGUCCAACGGCACCGCGCGCAACGCUCGCGAAGAAACACCCGGGCCCACGCCGCAAAAGAACGCUUCAGAAUCGCCCUCUUCUGUGAAGACGGACAAGUCCGAGAGCGUUGAGCAGCCGCCUACCGAGAAGAAAGACACCACUGUACCGGAAAAGAUUACGAAUGUUGCUUCGCCUGCAGUCGAGAAGUAGCCGGAUUACCUUUCCCUCCUCGAUAUCCCUGGUCACGAGCGCAUCUCCGUAGAGAUGUCGCGUCUUGGCUGGGCAAGCUCUCUGGAAUGUUAACGUUAUAAUGCGGUCGGGUAGGAUGUUGCAUGGGUUUUGGGGCUUGGGGCUUGGUUUGGAAGGCAUUCAGAGUCACUGAUGGGUCAUGAAAGCAAGCCCCACGAGCUGGAACGAACUUACUCAUUCAAGGGCCAAUCACGAAAUGAUACCUGGCGUCGCCUGUCGUCGUCCCCCUUUUGUCUUUCCUCAUGUUAGUCUGUUCUUCGGGUGUGUACAUGGAUGCACUUCGUUUUGUCAUAGAGCGCGGAGGGGUGAGGCAUUUGGUUGCCAACAGCCUGGCAAUUGUGGAGCCUGUCACAAUUUAUCCCUUUUCAAAAUCCUCGCUGUAGAAGAUUACAUUACUAAUAUGCACUGUGAUUUUGCGGGGCCCCAGAUUCAACUAGCAGCGGAUAGUCCUUCGGCCC